CAGUACUUCAAGUUUCUAAUUUAUCUGAUAUACAAAAAAAUCAAAAGAAAGAACUAUUGCAGAACAAGCCUGAAGGGCAAACUAAGGAUUAUAGCUCAUCAAGCUUAUUUUCAAAGAAAAUGG